CGCAUCGUGCAAACAGUCCCUUCGCGACGCACUUCGCGACAACAUGCCUCCCAUGUGGAUCGUACUAGCUUUGCUCCCCAUACUCGGGGGAGCAGAGAGAUUCAACUGCAAAGGUCGCAUAUUGGGUGCGUACUACGCAGAUGCAAAAUCAGGAUGCAAGGCUUUUCACGUAUGUGUCCGAGUGGCCGGAGGUGGGAUUCGUGACUUCAGAUUCUUCUGUCCACCCGGCACAUUAUUUCACCAGGAAGCACAAACAUGCACCGACUGGGGAGACGAUGACCCUCUAGCGUGUCCCGCCGAAAUCUACGACGGUCAGUUCGAUCUCUACAAGAUAGGAUCCGGAUUUGAUACAAAAAAACUGUCGGCUGGUGAAAAUCGUGACGAAGAAGCUGAAUUCGGUCUCCAACGAGCUGAGACCGGAGAUCGUCGCUUGUCACAAGGCCCCACCAACCUUGCAUCCAGUGGAGCAUCUGAUCUACGUACAGCCCAUUCUUCAGACUUCUUCAGUGGACAACGAGAAAGAGGUCGCGAUGAUUCUUUCCCUACACGGUCUCCUGUUCCGUCAUCACAUACCCGUCAAUCAUUUAGACGAACCACAACACAUAGACCAUAUUCCCAGCCUACUACACAAAUUGCUACGUCUUUGCCUUCAUCGUCACUGCCAUCAAGCCCAGCUCAGUAUGAUGUUACCAAACGUAAACUAAUAAGAAAACGUCCUAUUCACACAUCUACACCUAUACCUCAGACAACAGCGACACAGAAUACUCAAUCGACACAAACGUUUUCACAACAGUCGCAACAACCUUACCAACAAUAUCAUCGACAACCACAACAACAACAAUACCAACGACAACCACAACAGGUACAAAAUCAACAAACGCAACAGCAAACAAAUCAGGAACAAUCCCAGCAAGAAUAUUUUCAACAAAAAUCACAACAACAAAAUCAACAACAACCUGAACAACAUCAACUUCGUCAAUCAUUUUCGGUAGCAAAACCACAAGAAACAAACCAACAACACAACUCUCAACAACAAAUUCAACAACGUACUCAACAAAAUAAUCAACAACAGUCACAACAACUACAAUAUUUUUUACAAAAACCUCAACAACGUGAUCAAGGGGAAUCACAACAACAGCCUCAGCAGCAAACCCAACAACAGCAAUUAUUUCAACAGAAACCACUAAAAGAAUCACAAGAUAAAUAUCAACAGCAAAAAUCACUUCAAUCAGAUCAUCAAUCUCAACAACAACAAACGGAUAUUCAAUUACAAUCACAACAACGUCAUAAUAAUAUACAGAACUUUAAUCGUCGAACCGUACCUCAAAAUCCCCAAACGACUUUGACAUCAACGACACCUACUUUGCCUCCUCAGUUUAAGGAAUACAAAGACGAAUAUGUAGAAGUAAGCCGUGUAAGCCCUAAACAAAGCAAACACUUCGCUAGCAAUUCUCCACCAGCACCCUAUUCACAAACAACUCCUGUACAUUUUAAUAAAAAAUAUGGAUUAGUUGAACUGUAUAAUUACAAUGCACAAUCCACGCCAGGACUAAACGGUCUUAAUAAAAAUAGGCAACCAAUUAAAGUAGAAACAAGUGUAAGUGUGACUGAUGCUCCAUAUGAAUUGAAAGACUUUUUAAAAGCUAGAAAUGUAAACUCUAAUAAUGAUAAUAUAAGAGGUACCACAAAAAUUGCUACGACAAGUUAUAACACGGCUGCAACUAGUACUCCACCAUUUAAAAACUACAACAGCGUAACAUACAACGCCGAAAAGAGUAACUUUGCGCCUUUUUCAAAACAAAAUAAUUUUAACAGCCCUAGUACUACUCCUACCACCACUAUCUAUACGACCACGCGUGCAAACCCUCCACCUAACUUGAAUACUAUAGCCUAUAACACAAAUUUGGGUUUCAACGCUCAUAAUUAUGAUCAUGCUGAGGAAGAUGAUGGACAAUAUCGCCCACCACAAGGAGAGGAUGAUGGGCAAUAUAAACCAGAAAUAUACGAUCGCGAAUUAUUGUCUGGAGCACAUUCCCUCAACAUAGCAGCAAGUGGUAACAGACUACCUGAAGAUCAGAAAUCGCGUGGUAAAUCUCAAACUUUCAAGGCAUCCUCACAGACUGUUGCUCCUAGGCCAUUCAGACCCGCACCUACUCCACCCUCACUAUCGACACAAACGACAUAUGUGCCGGAAUCAACGUAUACUACUACUAUCCGAACACAAACGCGCAAUUUUGACUUUCAUCAAACUUAUACGACUACAUCCAGACCAAGUGAUCCUUCAGCAUUCGUGCCGCAGAAUGUCGCAGCUAUAAACAAUGCUGCAACAAGGACAACGAUUCCUAAUAACCGUCCAGAACCUCGACCACCUUCGCCACCAACAUUGCCACCGGCGCAUGUUUCCCGACCUGCUACUAGUACUGUCCCACCGUAUUUCGCGAAUCCAGCUAAUAAAAAAGAAGAUACUAGCUAUGAUUACGCAUAUUACGACUCUGAUCCAGGUUUCGUAGAAUAUGAUCAUAUAGAAGAAUUUGGCAGAACUAAAACAAAAGCUUAAUGAUUUUAUAACUUAAAUUCGUUUCACUGCCAUUAAAUUAGUCGCCUCUU